GCCCUCAGUUAAGUGUCUUGAAACCAAGAACAAGCUCUCGCUCCUAGUCUUAGUAGCAUAUAGAAUUUUAUUUUAUUUUAUUUUUUAAUCCUUUUUAGCUCUUGCUGUAAUCAAACAUGGAGACUAGUCUUACAUGCUGUGCCCGUGGAGCAAUCUUGCCUACUGCUUCUUCACAACAGUACUCCACACUCGCCUCGCCACGUUCUGUUUCUCCAUCAUUUAGCUCCAAGAGUUUGCGAGGGAGCUCGAUAUAUGGAGACUCUUUGCGCAUCGUGCCAAGAUCAUCAUUGAAGGUCUCAAAGGCCAAGAGUUCUGCCCUUGUGACUAAGUGUGAGAUUGGAGACAGUUUGGAAGAAUUUCUUACAAAGUCGACAUCGGAUAAGGGGCUGAUCAGGCUUAUGAUGUGCAUGGGCGAAGCGCUAAGAACUAUUGCAUUCAAAGUGAGGACAGCUUCUUGUGGAGGAACAGCUUGUGUGAACUCUUUCGGAGACGAGCAGCUUGCAGUUGAUUUGCUUGCUAACAAGCUUCUAUUUGAGGCAUUGCAAUAUUCACACUUCUGCAAGUACGCUUGCUCUGAGGAAGUUCCAGAGCUUCAAGACAUGGGAGGACCAGUUGAAGGAGGUUUCAGUGUUGCAUUUGAUCCACUAGAUGGUUCUAGCAUAGUUGACACAAACUUCACUGUUGGGACAAUCUUUGGAGUAUGGCCCGGAGAUAAGCUCACUGGAGUGACCGGAGGUGAUCAAGUUGCUGCUGCAAUGGGGAUUUUUGGGCCCCGAACGACUUACGUUCUUGCUCUCAAGGACAUCCCUGGAACACACGAAUUCCUCCUACUCGAUGAAGGAAAAUGGCAACAUGUUAAGGAUACCACAACGAUUGGAGAAGGAAAAAUGUUUUCCCCUGGUAACUUGAGGGCUACUUCAGACAACACUGAGUAUGCCAAGUUGAUUGAUUACUACGUCCGGGAGAAAUACACGCUGCGAUACACAGGAGGAAUGGUGCCCGAUGUUAAUCAGAUCAUUGUGAAAGAGAAAGGGAUCUUCACAAAUGUGGCAUCUCCAUCUGCCAAAGCCAAGCUGAGGCUUCUGUUUGAAGUUGCUCCUUUGGGAUUCUUGAUCGAAAAAGCAGGCGGUUACAGCAGCGAUGGCAAGCAAUCUGUGCUAGAUAAGGUGAUAAAUAAUCUAGACGAGCGGACGCAGGUGGCUUAUGGGUCCAAGAAUGAGAUAAUCCGGUUUGAAGAAAUGCUCUAUGGAUCCUCAAGACUCAAGGCUGCUCAACCAGUUGGAGCUGCUGCUUGAGAACGUCUGGACGAUAAACUGAUGUUUCUAUUUCUUUUUCCUUCAUCUAGAGUACAUGCUUUGUACACGGACCAAUAAAUGAUAAUUUGUUGAAAACUGAAGAUGCUGGUAAAUUAUGAUGAUGAGAUCAAUUAUUAAUGGAACUCCAGCUUUGUUCUGUGUCUGUAAAAAAUCUUGAUUAGGAGAUUCAGUUCAUUGCAGCUGAGAUUGUAAGAAA